CAGCCGCGGCAGCCCGUCGUCAUGGAGACGGUUUGUUGUUUCUGAACCGCGAGGAGCCUGGAGACACCUGAACAGAAGAGGAGACAGAGACACCUGGACAGAAGAGGAGACAGAGACACCUCAGGUGAUGGCGAGGUCAGAGCGUGACGUUAUCGACUUCGCAGCGAUGGAGAGAGAGCUGCGGGGGUCGAUCGAGGCCGAGCGGAGAUACGAGAGAGAGAACGAGGCCAAGCUGAGGGCGGCCAGCCAGAGAGUGAACUACAACCAGUUCAGAGAUCUGGUCCUGUCGAGUCACCUGAAGCCUCUCGAGAAGAAAGACAGAGAUGGAGCUCCACGGAAACAGCCCUGGAACCUGGUUGCCCCGAGCAACUAGUGAUGUCUGGUCACCCCGAGCAACCAGAGACACUUUCUUCUUCUCUUCUGUUUGUAAACGUGGUCUGACCAGGAGAUACGUGGUUUCAACUGACAAACUUUAAUAAAAUGAAAUAAGAGCAA